AUGUUGAUGCUUUUCGUUAGCCAACAUGAUGCUAAGACUAUCAAGACAAAGGUUGUAGUACUUGGCGGAGGUAUGGCUGGUGUGAUUGCUGCUCGUGCAUUAUAUGAAAAUGGUGUUAAAGAUUUUGUUCUGGUCGAAGCGGAAAGCGAUUUAGGCGGACGAAUGAAACAUACAAAAUUUGCCGGCUAUACUGUUGAAUUAGAAGCAAACUGGAUUCAGGGAACGAUGAAUACAGCAACAUAUAAAGAAAAUCCAAUAUGGACGCUGACCAAAAAAUACAAUUUAUUGAACGUAGCUAGUAAUUUGGAUGAUUUAUCAACAUACGACCAAAAUGGAUAUACUGACUAUAGAGAUGUUCAAAAACGAUAUGAUGACAUAUUCACAAAAGUUCUUGCAGAUGCUGGAACCAGAUUGAAAAGGACUCUCGUUGAUCUGUCAUUCGAUGAAGGACAAUGCUUGGCUGGAUGGAAAGCUCAAACACCACAAGAAAAAGUAGCUGAGUUGUUCACCUUUGACUUUGAAUAUGCCGACACUCCCGCUGCCUCGAGCAUGAUCGAAGCAACAGUUAAUUACAAUGAAACUUAUAUACAAUGGAAUGAAGACGAUUUAUUCUGUAUUGAUCAACAAGGCUUCAAUAUAUUGGUACGAAACGAAGCCAAAACGUUUUCUACGAAUGACAACAUCAUGUACAAUAGCAUCGUUAAAAAGUCAGCUAUUGUGACGAAUCAGUUGUAAUUCUACUCAAAGACAAUACAGUGAUUACAGCAGAAUAUGCGAUUUGUACUUUUUCUCUUGAUGUACUUCAAAACCAGGAUGUUGAAUUCGUUCCACCAUUCCCACCAUGGAAGCAAGAAGCCAUUUCUUCAUUCAAAAUGGCUAAUUUUACGAAAAUUCUUCUCAAAGGAUGAGGGCGGAUAAGGCCAUUUUCUCGCCCCCAAAAUAAUUCGGUUUUUUAUAUUAAAAUCAAGUCAACAACGACUCCUGAUGAUACUGCACAGGUUUAUUUUGGAACAUCUUUCCAUCGAUUUUUCGACCCAUACCUGU